AUGCAAAUCUCGUGUUCAUUAUUGCUGUAUGGCUUGUUGGUGUCGUACAAGACAGUUUCUGCCGCGGUACUUCUUAGCCAUUCCGAACUUACCGAUGGCAUCGAUACUCUGAACGAUACUUUAGGCGGCCGCGUGCACAACGCCGAGCCCUUCGCCCUCGCUUGCUUCACCUCAUUCCAAGGCGCCGCCAGGCUACGGAAUGAAUCGCUAUGCGCGGAGCGCCAGGAGAAUUACCACUCACCGAUCUACCGGAGCAGCGUCCCUGCCGCCUACAUGUACGAACAAUCCACCAUCUGCGCCUCCGACCCCCUAUCGCAGGAGCAGUGUGUUCUCAACACCGCGGACCCUUUCAAUCCCGGCGCAUGGGAUGGCGUCGACUGCAGGCUGGGCAACCUGCCUUCAUGGUGGCUUGAGGUGAGGGAAGCCGAGGACGUCGUCGAGGCGUUUGACUGGGCUCGCAAGACUGGUGGGAAGUUGUCCAUCAAGAACAGUGGGCACAGCUUUGUGUUGGACAGCAGCAUGAAGGGCUCUCUACUUCUCUGGACGCGAAACCUGCGGCAAGUGCGCCAUGAACCUGACUUCAUCCCGGAAGGGUGUCCCGACGAGCAAUCUUUCGACGUCAUCACUACUGGCGCCGGCGUCAGCUCCGCCGAGGCUUACGAGUUCGCGGACACAGUCGGCCGGACCAUCCUCGGCGGAUACUCACCGACCGUGGGGAUAUCCGGCGGCUGGGUCCAGGGUGCCGGUCACUCGGUGCUGUCAAAUGUCUAUGGUCUUGGUGUCGAUCGUGUUAUCCAGUCCACCGUCGUCACGCCUGACGGCACUACGCGGAUGGCCAACCGCUGUCAGAACACAGAGCUGUUUUGGGCACUCCGGGGCGGAGGCGGAGGUACCUUCGGCGUCGUUCUGGAGUCAAGCCAUGUUGUCGAGCCGGUGGUGCCCAUGGCCGUCGCGGACAUCGGCAUUCCCCCGGAUGACAAGGAGGCGUAUGGCGGGUGGAUGGAUCUGCUCGUCGACACCGCAGUGGCUCUUGCCGAGGACGGUUGGGGCGGGCACAUAUACGGCAACUCCCUCGUGCACGUCUCCCCGCUCAUGACUACCGUCGAGGAUGCGGAGGCGUCUCUGUCGAAACUCAUCGUCUUUGCGGAUGCGCAUGGCGGGCACGUCAACAUCACCAUCGCGCCGAACUGGCUGAGCUUCUUCACCGACCACGUCCUCGCCGACUCCGUCGCCGUCGGCAACCUCAGGCUGAUCAACACCCGCCUCGUGCCCGUCGCAAUCUUCACCAACGACACCCUCCGCGUCGGACUCAAGGGCUUCUUGCGUGAGAUCAUCGAACAGGGCGGGUCGCCAUACAUCCCCGUCGACUCGCCCUAUCUCUUCCGCCCCGACGCACUCAACCCGUCUGCAGUGCAUCCGGGCUGGUAUGACUCGCUGUGGAUCGUUGGACAACCGUCGCUUUGGGAGUGGAACAGCACGUUGGAGGAGCGGGUGGGGGUCGUGAGGCAGAUGCAGGCGAAUACGGAGAGGCAGCGGGAGGUUACGCCGGGCGGGUUCUCGUAUAUGAACGAGGCUAACCCGUUCAUGAGUGAGUGGGAAGAAGUCAUGUUUGGGGAGAACUACGGGAGGUUGUUGGAAGUCAAGAGGAUAGUUGAUCCGGACGGGUUGUUGAGCUGCUGGAGAUGUGUGGGGUGGACGGAUGAAGAGGCGCGGGCAUCAUGUUAUGGGGCUUUUAAUGACGGCUGA